GCCGAGCACUCAGCACCUCGAUGACGAACAGCAAUACGCAGUUAGGACGUCCAGUUGUAGUGUAGAUAUCCCAACUGACAGCAUCACGCUCACUAAUUCAGAGGACUGCUUGCUUGCUUGCUUGCUUGCUUGCUGCUAACUAGUGUGAGGUCUAGCCUAGAUCUAUCUAUCUACUCUUGGCCCGAGCUUCGUGGGGCCGAUUGGUUGAAGAACUUCUCUCUGAUCGUGCUGCGCUCAUCGGUGUUUGAUUGAUUGAUUUGAAGUUUGGAACCCCAAUCAUCCGCCAGAGUUGUGAACUUUUGUUUAGUUUGUCCAUCUUUACGUGACGGGAAAAAAACCCAGCGGUCAGCAUGGCUCUUACACCAGGGGCUCCACAGACCAACAAAAGUCUGUUGGAAAAAUACCUGACACUGGACCAGCCCGAUGACCAGGUCAUGGCUGAGUAUGUGUGGAUCGACGGCACUGGUGAGGGAAUCCGCAGCAAAUGCCGUACCUUGGACUCGGAGCCCAAGAAGCCAGAUGACUGCCCCGUGUGGAACUUUGACGGGUCGAGCACGUACCAGGCCGAGGGCUCCAACUCCGACAUGUACCUGCACCCGUGCGCCAUCUUCCGCGACCCGUUCAGGGGAGGCAAGAACAAGCUGGUGCUCUGUGAGGUCUUCAAGUUCAACCACAAGCCCGCUGAGACGAACCGUCGUAAGACGUGUAACGAGGUGAUGAAGCAAGCCAAGGACACCCACCCGUGGUUCGGCAUCGAGCAAGAGUACACGCUGCUGGACUACGACGGUCAUCCUUUUGGCUGGCCCAAGAACGGCUUCCCAGGACCCCAAGAGCCAUCGAGGACGCCAUUGAGAAGCUGUCCAAGCACCACGUGCGACACAUCAAGGCCUACGACCCACGCGAGGGCAAGGACAACGAGCGACGACUCACCGGUCACCAUGAGACCUCCAGCAUCCAUGACUUCUCUGCUGGAGUCGCCAACCGAGGAGCCAGUAUCAGAAUCCCACGACAGGUGGCAGAAGACGGUCUGGGAUACCUGGAGGACAGACGACCCUCGUCCAACUGCGACCCUUACGCCGUGACUGAGGUGCUUGUGAGGACCACCGUCUUGUCGGAGUAAGCGACGACACACCAUGCCACGCCACGCGCGCUCUACUCACACACGCGCACACAGACAGACAGACAGAUCGCACGACAACCGCUGGGAGGGACCACUAGGAGCCGCACGAUGCAACCACGGCCAUCACACCACCGCCCCGAGGGGAUUUUUUGUGCUGUGAUGAAGAGAAAAGAGAAAAAUUUUUAACUGUCAUUACUUAAUUAACUGUUUUGGUUUUUUGUUUUUAAAGAAAUCCGUAACAACAGUUGGCCACUUGGAUUGUUGGUGACUGUUGCUGUGAUGGAGCUGUGCUAUGGGUUUGGUUUGUUUUUAUUUGAAAACACCUUAAAAAAG